AUGUCUUCUGAUGUUAUUCUAAAUUAUUACGAGUCCCUUCUGCACAGAGAUGACCUAGAUACUUUGAAGGAGGGUUGUUUUGUCAAUGACAACAUAAUCACAUUCCAGCUUGAGUAUCUGCGCCAUACAAAAUUAUGUCACUCGUCAAAUAUCCUUCUUAUGGAUCCAGCAGCAUCUCAACUUUUAAAACUUAUGGAUGAGGAAUCAAUUAGAUUGGUGCUGGAUCCUUUAGAAUUCAAGUCAAAGGAUUGGAUAUUUUUAGUGAUCAAUGAUUCUGCUUCACGAGUUUCAUCUGGUGGAUGCCAUUGGUCACUGCUGGUUUAUUCACCACUUCUUAUGCACGGUUUUUACCUGGACUCCUUGAACUCUAGUCCUAAUUUUUCAGAAGCUUUUACUUUGUGUAACAAGUUAUGCACCUAUUUAGGUGUUUCUUUUGUAGACAUAAAGCUACCUAAUGUCGUAAAGCAAAAUAACGGAUAUGAUUGUGGAAUAUUUUGCAUGGUAUUCAUAGAAACAAUAUGUGAUAUGAUAUUGAAGGGUGAUAUGUCCUGGCAGAUGAGUCUGUCCACUGACAUGGUUUCCCAUCAAGUGAUGCACAAAAGGAAAUCGUUACUAGAGUGUAUCUAUGGCUUAUCCACAACAAAUGCGUAG